UUCCUUCUCUCUCUCUCUCUCUCUGAAUCCCUAGAGAGAGAAAUUUGUGUUUUGCAGAGAGAUUUAUAUUCACCAACACAACGAUUUGCAGACCCCAUUUCUCCCCAUUUAUCAUCAUCAUAUAUUCAUAAAAUCAACCAAAAUCCAACAAUUAGCACAACAAUGGCGAAGAAGAAAGCUACCAUGACUCUCAAAGACUUCCAUGGCGGUUCAAUUCCUUCUGAUCUUCCUCUUCCUUCUGCUCCUGGCGUAACCGUGAGGCCUUUGAAUCAUGCCGGAUUGGACCGUCAUACUUCUUGGAUGAAUCCGAUGGGAAGGCAAGAUCACAGGCUUCGACCAGGUUCAGCAGGCGCUGUAAGAACUUAUGAUGAUAAGACUCCUUUUCUCACUCACAAUGUGCAAAUUGGUCGUAAUUUUGAUGAAGAUGAGCGAAAACCAUUGGACGGGGGUUCUGCUCCACGUCGAACCGUAAGUGAUGAGAACAUUCGUGGUGGCGUGCCCGUUCGCCAGGAGCCAAAAUCUGAUUAUCCGUUAGCGGUCAAUGUGCCCAGCCGACCUGCCACCACUCCUCUUUCUCAGUUUCCCGGUGGUGGUGGUGGUAGUACGGGUUCUUAUGCCGCCAGGUUUAGUGAAACCGCUAACGUUGGAGUGAACUCUCAGAAUGUUAGUAGUGGUAGGAGAACUUUGGGGUCGAGUAACUCGAACGUCAUUGAGGUUGUUAAUGGGCCAUCCCCAAAUGCAUGGGGACCUAGGAAAGCGGUGGUUGGACCUUCUGAGCCCGUUGUUGCUUCUUGGUCUGCACCAGAUGCUGCAACCAAGUUAGCCCACGCGAGUGCACUCGAGAAGGUUUCUUCUGGUCGGUGGCACUCGAACCAACAUAAGCAGAUAGAUGUGGAGGUCAUUAGACAUCCUGAACCCGAACCUAAAGUGCAAACAAAAGGAAAUUCAUACACCACGUUUUCCUACGGUUCAACGGAAAGGGAAUUCCAUGAUGCUUCUUUGGCCAGGCAUGCGGGCAGGAGUUUGACCAUAAACGACGGGUCAACGGUGGCUGCACGUGAGCCAUCGUCUUAUGAACGGAGUAGAACUUUUGUGCAUCCCGAUAUGAAAGAUAAGGGUCCUCCGAAUGGAAUUCAAGUACAAGUUCAGUCCCCUCAUAGUGGCGGAACAUUUGGUGGGUCGGAGUUGCAUCCUUCUUCUCCUUCGGAGUUAUCUGAGCGACCCAAAUUAAAGUUACUUCCGAGAUCUAAACCAGUUGACAAUUUGGAACCUGUUGUAGCUUGUAAGCAGACUAUCCCACCAUCAAGCGAACCAGGCCUCGUGGAUAUUGGAAACGACACUUAUGGAAAUGUGAAUUCCACAAUACAUAGUUUAGCUGGACCAGAGGAUGGCCAUCAAGCAUUUGAGCGACCUAGAGUGAAUUUAAAGCCACGGUCACAGCCCCCUGAACAAAUGGAAAGAAACGUUGAACGAGAAAGGAGCACUUUGUUUGGUGGUGCCCGCCCUCGAGAAUUGGUUCUGAAGGAGCGGGGAGUCGAUGAUGUUGCUGUAAAUCAUGACAUGGUCCAGUCUCCUAAUAGGAUGAAAAAGGAAGUCACUAAUCCAGCUGUGCACCCAACCAUUACUCCACGUCAAAACGGGAAACCCGAACCCCUCGAUCAUCAUAGAGCCGGAAAGACCAUCGAUAGGCGAGACCCAGAAAAAUCAGAAGCUCAGAGAAGAAGCAACUGGAGAAAUGAGAGUCGUAAGAGCAGCAGGGACCUCGAGAAACAGCCGCCGCCGCCACCACUACCACAGGAGCGGCCGCCUUCACCGGAAACCUGGCGCAAACCCGUGGAACCCGCACCACCUGUCGGACCACGUUAUGGAAAAGCAGCUUCCGCGGUCGAGCUAGCCCAAGCCUUCUCGAAAUCGGUCUCGGAACCGAAGGUAGCCGCUACCGACCGUUUCUCUGGUCCAAGAGGGGUCUCUGGGCAGGGCCAAAUUCCGUUUUCUCGCUUAACCAGUCAGCCUACGACUAGGCCACAGAUCAACGGACACUGAUGGUUUGGUCAAACCAACGAACGAAAGAACGAACCCAUUCUCGAUGAAGCUCAGGACUUGACGGCAGGUUCGAGUAAGUUUCCGAAAGUACCCCUUGGACUGGUUUCAUCAUAUAACAUGAUGUGGGGUGUUCUGAUGUUGCAUCUGGUUUAGAAAAACCUCUCCAUGAAAAACUAGAAAAAGGGAAGUGGGAGAAAACAAUAAGAUCUUGUUUCUCCAAUGGUCUUUUAGUGAAGGGUAAAAUAGUCUUUUUGAUGCACCCAAUCAUUUGUUUUCUUAAGAUGUUUUGCUUCUUUUAGAUGAUCUUAAAAAUUCUCUCUUUCUUAUCA